AAUAUCAAUCCUCAUACUUUUAGUUGGACCAAUCAAAUUGAUCUAUUCAAUCCUACUAACUUCUAUAAAUAGAUAACUAGAUCACACAAUAUCACCACACCUUCUAUCUCAUCAUACCUUCUAUUUCAUCAUAAUCAUGGCUUCUCAACAAGUCAUUUGUAUUGUUUAUUACAAUGGUUCAAUUGUCGAUGGAGUUGAAGGGAAAACAUUUGUAAGUGAUUACAAAAAGGCGUUCAAAGUACAUUCUAGCAGCAACCUUGCUCGUCUAAAGAAUGUCAUUAAGAAAAAGUUGCAGUUCGACGACAACGUGACGAUAACUGAUAUAGUUUAUCGACACCUUGUCUUCUUUGGUGAAAAUACAACCAGAUUUGAAUUGAUGAAGGUUUGUGAUGACGACGAUGUUGAACUCAUGUUUGAUGUUUAUGCACAAUGGUCACAACUUGGCACCAUUGAGUUAUACAUUACAUUUGAAAGUGGUCCUACUUCACAACACAACACUAUCAACCCAUCACAACCAUCAACCUCAAACAUGCCUAUCCCAUCACAACACUAUGAACCAUACUCUACCCCUUAUCAACCCGACGUACAUUCUCCAUCACAACACUAUCAACCAUACCAACCAUACUCUAGCCAAAAUGAACAAACUCAACAUGUCCACAAUGUCCACAAUGUCUCCCAACAACUUAGCCCUUAUCAACCCGACGUACAUUCUCCAUCACAACACUAUCAACCAUACUCUAGCCAAAAUGAACAAACUCAACAUGUCCACAAUGUCUCCCAACAACUUAGCCCUUAUCAACCCGACGUACAUUCUCCAUCACAACACUAUCAACCAUACUCUAGCCAAAAUGAACAAACUCAACAUGUCCACAAUGUCUCCCAACAACUUUAUCACGAAUCUCUCCCAACAAGUCCACAAUGUGAUCUUCCACUUAGUGUCCAUUAUAAUAUCAAUGAGGAAGAAUUAGGUGAUUAUAGUGAAGAUGAUGAAACAUACUUCGAUGAAUCAUCUGGUGAUUCUGACGAUGAUGAUAUUGAUGAAGAUAUGGAAGCAGAAGAUCAACUUAUCCCACCUGUAUUCGAUCCACCAUUCCACAUGAAGAACAUCAAUCUAUCCACCGCAAACCAACCAACUGAAUUUGAUCACAUGUUCAUUGACGAAGUCCCAAAUUUAGAUGGAACUCUUGAAGUUGGAAUGAAGUUUCAGAGCAAGGAUGAAUGUGUACAUGCAAUCAAGCGUUAUCAUCUAAAACAAUCAUUGAACUUUGUGGUGCAAAAAUCAGAUCUAGAAAGGUACGUUAUUAUUUGUUCACAUCCAAAUUGUUUGUUUAGAUGUAGAGCUUCAAAACGCAAAAAAAAUGAAUUGUGGGUGAUUGGGAAAUUGAAUGAUCAUACAUGCACAAAUUCUGCACUAUCACAAGAUCAUACAAAGCUUGAUUCUAACAUGAUAUGUGCAAGUAUAAUGCAAGUUAUGAGGAUGGACCCUUCAAUCAAAGUGAAGGUCAUUAUUGCUCAGAUUCAGGCUUUGUAUAACUACACAAUUAGUUAUAGAAAAGCUUGGUUGGGAAAAAAUAAGGCAAUCGAACAAAUUUAUGGCAAUUGGGAAGAGUCUUACAAUCAACUUCCACGAUGGUUAUUAGUUAUGCGAACGUUUGCUCCAGGAACCAUUAUUAAAAUGGAAACAAUCCCAGCUUAUAAUGAACAUGGUUUGAUAAAUGGGAUGACAAUCUUUCAUAGACUAUUUUGGGCUUACGUUCCAUGCAUAUCUGCGUUUAAAUUUUGCAAACCAAUUGUGCAAGUUGAUGGAACUUGGUUAUACGGAAAAUAUAAGGGAACUCUAUUGGUAGCAGUUGCACAGGAUGGGAACGACAAUAUCAUUCCAAUUGCUUAUGCUCUUGUGGAAGGUGAGACAAAAGAGGCUUGGAGUUUCUUUUUGAGAAAUUUGAGAUCACACGUCACUCCACAAGCCAACAUUUGUUUGAUUUCAGAUAGACACGAAUCUAUCAAAAGUGCUUACAAUAAUCUGAAUAAUGGGUGGCAACAUCCUCCGUCAAAGCAUGUGUUUUGCGUCCGACAUAUUGCACAAAAUUUUGCAAGGGAAUUUAAGGAUAAUGCUUUGAAGAACAAGGUUAUUUCUAUGGGUUACUCAAUCAAUGAGUCUACAUAUCGAUACUGUUGGAUUUUGAUCCUUUGAUUCCUAAUUUUGACAUAAUUAAUAAUUCAACAAUGUUCAUACAAUACAUGAUAAAUCUA